AGAUGUUCUUCCUCCAUUUCAUACCGAUGGAUUCUGAUACGAAACAAAAAAUAUUGUAUCGUCUGUCGAGACACAUUUUCUACAAUUCCAACAGCACCAAACRACGACAUCUGGAACAACCGACGAAAUAAAUUUCAAAACCGAGMAAGCCGUCAUGAAAUUUUCGGGUUCUUUUGUCUUAGCAGCAUGCAUCUUCGCAACGGUAGCUGACACUUCUUUCGUUGACGGGUUCGUUCCUCUUUCGGGCGUGAAAACGCCGUCGUUGUCGACACGACUCCAUUACGACAUCCAGCGAGACCCGCAGCCUAAUGAUAAUGUUUGGGCAAUCCUAUCGAACACGGAAAAAUGGAUCGCCAACACCCUGGCCGACGCCCAAACGGGAAACUCYAACCCACUGAGUCGAAAGGAAGUGAGCUAUGUCUGCGAGACUUCCAAUGACCCKGCGAUGAUCCUAGCCAAUAUUUUUCGAAAAGUCAAGGAGGCCCGGCAAUUAGGAGAAUCACACGCACAAGAUCAGGAGGCGCUUAUUGACGAAAAGGGAGGUGAGUGUGUCGCCCCGGUUUUUUUUUUCCAAAGGGAUAAUAGGAAUAUUAUCGGUCGUCACUGAUGCGUCGGAAUGAAUUGAUGUUUACUUUCCAUCCGAGUUGCAUUCGAUAUUCUAAAGGCUUUCUUUACGUGUAAACAUAUUCGUAUCUCAUCAUUCGUUUGGUACUUCAUUCUUUUUUAUUUUCCUUCAACCGAUUCAUUGAAAUGCCGAUUUUAUUUUGAACUGGUGACCACAAUACAUAUUUUGCACACGUAUCAUCAUUUUUCGCACAAACUGUCUACCACAGAAGACAAGCACAACCGUAUUACUCUGCGACAAACGCAAGUUUUGGUAAUUCCCGCUAACGAGGAACUAAAUCAAAGCUUUCAUGUGUUUGACGCAGUCAUCAACGCUGUCAACGCGGCUCGAAAAGCUGCACGGGAUUUGGUGACGGAUCAUUCUUUGGAAAAACUGGACGAACAGAUGUACGGAGAAGCUGAGGAUCGGGAUUGGGUGUAAGUUUUUAAAUUUUUGUGGCUAUGAAUUGGGAGAGAUUGACCGUGUGUAAUGAUGCAAAACAGUGUACGGAAGGGACGCGGUAUUUACUCCGCUGAAAGGAGUCGUACACUCACAUUUCGUUCUCGUUCGUUUCCAACCCCACAACACCCAUCGUAUGAUAGGGUUUCCGUGAACUGCGCCCAUUUGCACCCAGAGUACGGGAAAAAGACUCCUCAGCAAGAACUCAAAGAGAUGCAAGAGGAAGAAGAGGAAGGAGAAGUGGACUUGAAUUUGAAGGAAUACAAGAGACAACGGAUUCUUGCACGACGAUCCCCUUACCCAUCGGUAGUCAUUGAGGUUCGAAGCAUGGCUCCCCCCGAAUUUGCCCCUCCGCCGCCAUCGGGCCCUGUCUCGCCAAAGUCGAUUGACGAGAUAGAUGUUGAAAGCGAAGAAGGCGAAAGCUCUUCUGGUGCAGCCGAUGAUAAAAUCGAUGCCGAUGUUGUCAACAAACUUGAAGCUCUUUUUUCCAAAUCGAGUCUAGAUAGCGACAGGACCGAAGAAGGCGACUUUUACGAGUCCAUUGGAAGUCACAUCGAGACCUUUUCCUCGGUCACCCCUUUGAUGGUGGCUCAAAACUGGAUCAACAAGAACGAUGCUAGCUUCGAAAUUACGCAGUGCGCGUUUACCGUCAGCGAUGCCACCUACGUAGACGAAGCCUAUGAGUUUGUCUUCACGAAUCUCGGGAUGCAAACCUCGCAGUUUUUAGAGAGUACAGGUAGCACCGGAGGUGCAGCGUCCAAGGCACAGGCCAAGGACGUCCAAAAACGACAAUAUAUGGUCCUACCCCAUUUUCUGAGCAGUUCCGCUACUAGCCUCGAAAAAUUCACCACCCAAGCUACAGAGAUCAUCAGAACGCUACCCUCUAUUAGCGACAAGGUCGAGCUCACCUGCUUUCAUCCAGAAGCCGUGGACGAGGGAAAACGUUGUCCUGUCCCAGUGAUCGUUUUGCAAUGGAAGGGAGACUAGAAAAAGUAAAUGUAAUUAUUAAUMAAAAAUCUGAGCAUGCACGCAUUUGUACGAUAGACCUUAUGUUUCAUAUUUCGUCUUAAAAAURGAGAUGACGUGAAAGAAGGCCAGCAGCUGCCACAAAUGAUUGGGAAGGGGAGAAAACGUAGAAACCAGAAUGUAGGAACAGGAUGCAAGCUAUUAGAUUAAAUUUGACAGUAUGUGGUGUAACAAACACAUAAGAUACUU